GCUGACCCGUCGUCCCUCUCCCUUCCACGGCCUCCGCCUCCCCUGUCCCCUCCCCUCUCUCUCUCUCACACACACACACACACACGCGCGCGCGCACAGUGUCCGUCUCCUCCUCGUGUUCUCCGAGGCGGAGCAAAAACCCUCCCUCCCCCACGCGCGCGCUAGGGUUUUAGCGCGGCCGCGACGGGGAGCGUCACGGCGGCCAAGGAGACGACCGAGACAGGGGGGGUGGGUCGUCGCCGGUGCGUACUGCUGUGAAUACUAUCAGCCCUUUCUACUACAACCGCAUAAUCCUGCACCGGGAGCAGCUCUUUGCCGGCAAGCGCCACGCUUGCCCCGCCUGAUCUCCCGCUCGCGGCGGGUCCAGGGAGGAGGCCGGGAGAUGGCGGGAUCCGCGUGACGAGACCCCGCUUGAUUUCCAGCUCGGGUUGGCUCAGGAGCGGGGAGCGAGAGUUUUGUGCAUCCGGCGAGAGAAAUGGAGGAGGAUCACUCAGCGACACUAGUCUCUGAAGGUGCUAUUAAAAGCAUCAAACUUAGCCUCUCUACCGGAGAAGAAGUAUGCACUUACUCCGUAAAUGAGUGCCCAGUGACCCACCCUAGCCAGCUUGGAAAUCCAUUCCUUGGGUUGCCCCUUGAAGCUGGGAAAUGUGAAUCAUGUGGGGCGUCUGAAAAUGACAAAUGCGAAGGGCAUUUUGGGUACAUUGAGCUACCUGUACCCAUAUUCCAUCCCUGCCAUGUCAGUGAACUGAGGCAACUAUUGAGCUUGAUAUGUCUGAAAUGCCUUCGAAUCAAGAAAGGGAAGGUGAAGCAAAGUAAUGGAAAAGGAAAUUUGUCAGCAACAUUGUGCUCUUAUUGCCGGGAUAUUCCAGCUCUGUCUGUCAAGGAAGUCAAGACAGCAGAUGGUGCGAUUCGAUUAGAGUUGAGCGCACCUCAUAAGAGACACAUGACAGAACGUUCAUGGAACUUUCUUGAUAAAUAUGGAUUUCAUCAUGGUGGAUGUUCUCAAUUUAGGUCACUGCUUCCAGAAGAGGCUCUGAAUAUAUUGAAGAAGGUUCCUGAUGAUACUAGGAGAAAGCUAGCUGCACGUGGAUACAUUGUUCAGACUGGGUAUGUGAUGAAGUACCUUCCAGUACCUCCGAACUGUCUAUAUAUUCCAGAGUUCACCGACGGGCAGAGCAUCAUGUCAUAUGACAUUUCAAUAGCUUUGUUGAAGAAGGUUCUUCAGAAAAUAGAACAAAUCAAAAGAUCAAGAUCUGGUUCACCAAACUUCGAUUCACAUGAUGCUGAAUCAUGCGAUUUGCAGCUUGCGAUUGGCCAGUACAUACGUCUAAGGGGCACUACAAGGGGCCCUCAAGACAACACCAAGCGGUUUACUGUUGGCAGUGCUGAUUCAGCUGCAUUGUCAACAAAACAGUGGUUAGAAAAGAUGCGGACACUGUUUAUCAGCAAAGGGUCAGGUUUUUCAUCUCGCAGCGUUCUGACAGGUGACCCAUACAUUGGGUUAGGUGUAGUAGGGCUUCCUUCUGAAGUAGCUAAGCGGAUGACCUUUGAAGAACAGGUCACGGACAUAAACAUUAACAGACUGCAGGAGGUGGUAGACAAGGGACUCUGCUUGACCUACAGAGAUGGUCAAGCAACUUAUGCUAUAACUGUUGGAUCAAAAGGGCACACAACACUUAAAGUUGGUCAAACUAUCAGUAGGAGAAUUGUUGAUGGGGAUGUUGUGUUCCUCAAUAGGCCGCCCAGCACACAUAAGCAUUCUCUUCAAGCUUUCUACGCAUAUGUGCAUGAUGAUCAUACAGUAAAAAUCAAUCCUCUCAUGUGCGGCCCCUUUUCUGCUGACUUCGAUGGUGAUUGUGUGCAUAUAUAUUAUCCGCAAUCGCUUGCUGCAAAAGCUGAAGCCUUGGAGCUUUUUAGUGUUGAAAGACAACUAAUCAGUUCCCACAGUGGGAAGGUUAACCUCCAGCUAGGUAACGACUGUUUGGUAGCUAUGAAGGCUAUGUCUGACAGAACAGUGUUACACAAGGAACUAGCAAACCAGCUGGCAAUGUUUGUGCCAUUCUCACUUCUGGCCCCUGCUGUAAUGAAGCCAAUUCCGUCUUGGACAAUCACACAGAUAGUGCAAGGUGCAUUACCAGCUAAAUUGACUUGCCAAGGGGACACACACUUGGUUAGGGACAGCACAAUCAUAAAGCUGGAUCUUGACAAAGAAUCUGUUCAGGACUCAUUCCCAGAUUUGGUGUCCUCCAUCCUUCGUGAGAAGGGUCCAAGAGAGGCUCUGCAAUUUCUGAAUGUGCUGGAGCCAUUGUUGAUGGAGUUUUUAGUUCUCGGCGGUUUGAGUAUAAGUCUGCGGGAUUUUAAUGUUCCCAAGGCUCUAUUGGAGGAAGCACAAAAGAACAUUCAGAAUCAGUCCCUUGUUCUUGAGCAGUCAAGGUGUUCUACGAGUCAAUUCGUAGAAUUACGAGUCGAAAACAAUUUAAAAAGUGUCAAACAGCAGAUUUCAGAUUAUGUUGGGAAAUUCUCUGGCCUUGGGUUGCUUAUUGAUCCAAAAAAGGAAGCCUCAAUGGCAAAAGUAGUACAACAAGUUGGUUUUGUUGGCUUGCAACUGUACCGUGAAGGUAAAUUGUACUCGAGGCGCUUGGUAGAGGACUGCUUUUCAAGCUUUGUGAAUAAACACUCAGCCAUUGGAGAUGAGUAUUCACCAGAAGCUUUUGGUCUGGUGCAAAGUUCAUAUUUUCAUGGUCUGAAUCCGUAUGAAGAACUGGUGCAUGCUAUAUGUACUAGAGAAACUAUGAUCCGCUCCUCUAGAGGGCUGUCAGAACCUGGAACUUUGUUUAAGAAUUUAAUGGCCAUCUUGAGGGAUGUAGUUAUAUGUUAUGAUGGAACUGUGAGAAACAUUUGUAGCAAUUCCAUCAUUCAACUUAAGUAUGGGGAAGAUGAUGAAGCUGAUUCUUCAAGUGCUGUACCUCCUGGUGAACCUGUGGGUGUCUUAGCUGCCACAGCUAUCUCAAACCCUGCAUACAAGGCCGUCUUGGAUUCCUCCCAAAGUAACAAUGCUUCUUGGGAGUCAAUGAAGGAAAUUCUUCAGACAAGAACUUCAUAUAAAAAUGAUGCAAAAGAUAGGAAAGUUGUCCUGUUCCUGAGUGACUGCUCUUGUGCUAAGAAGUUCUGCAAGGAAAGGGCUGCACUUGCAGUACAGAGUUGUCUUAAGAGAGUCACACUUGGGGAUUGUGCUACUGAUAUCUGCAUUGAGCAUCAGAAGCAAAUAAAUUUAGAUGGAACAUCUGAAGCUGCCCCAACUCUUGUAGGCCAUAUUCAUCUGGACAAGGGACAAUUAGAAAGAAUAAACAUUAGUAUUCAAGACAUUCUCCAAAAAUGCCAAGAAGUUUCUGGGAGAUAUGGAAAGAAGAAAGGACACCUUUGCCACCUCUUAAAAAAAAUUACUUUUGCUACUUGUGAUUGUUCAUUCACUCAGAUGCCAAUCAGUGGAAAGCUACAUAAGGUUCCAUGUGUGCAGUUCUCUUUCUCCGAUGAAAGCACUGUAUUAUCUGAGUCUGUUGAGAGAGCGGUGAAUGUGAUAGCUGACUCUGUCUGCUCAGUGCUAUUAGAUACAAUUAUUAAAGGUGAUCCUCGAAUUCAAGCGGCAAAAGUUAUCUGGGUUGAAUCAGAUGCAACCGCUUGGGUAAAGAACACACGGAAGGUAUCAAAGGGUGAGCCGGCGUUGGAAAUCAUUGUUGAAAAAGAUCAUGCUGUUAGCAAUGGUGAUGCCUGGAGAACAACAAUUGAUGCCUGCUUACCUGUACUUGACCUCAUUGACACGCGGAGGUCUAUUCCAUAUGGCAUUCAGCAAGUGAAGGAACUUAUUGGCAUCUCAUGUGCCUUCGAUCAAGUUGUGCAGCGGCUUUCAUCGACUGUAAAAAUGGUUAAUAAAGGAGUUCUCAAGGACCAUUUGAUACUUGUGGCAAACAGCAUGACGUGCACUGGAAGUUUGAUUGGGUUCAACAUUGCUGGCUACAAGGCAACUUUCCGUUCGUUAAAAGUUCAAGUGCCGUUUACCGAGUCCACUUUGUUUACCCCUAUGAAAUGCUUUGAGAAGGCUGCCGAAAAAUGUGAUUCUGAUUCAUUGGGAUGUGUGGUCUCAUCAUCUUCAUGGGGCAAGCAUGCAGCAGUUGGUACUGGGUCAUCUUUUCAAAUUCUCUGGAAUGAAAAUCAGCUGAAAAGCAACAAGGACUAUGGUGAUGGGCUGUAUGAUUUCUUAGCGUUGGUCAGAACCGACCAAGAAAAGACAGGUUACAUGUUCUUGGAUGAUGUUGACUACCUUCUAGAAGAGAAUGCAAUAGAUGACAUGUGCUUAUCUCCUGAGCCUGAUGGGACCGUUGGUAAGCCCACCUUUGAGGAUAAUUUCGAAGAGCAAAAUAUUCAGAAAGGCAGCUCAUGGGAAAAUGGCAUAACAAUGAAGUCAAGUUGGGAACAAGAUGCUAGUGCUGCGAAUGAUUCUGGUGACUGGGGAGGCUGGAGUAGUGGAGGUGGAGCUUCUGCAAAGCCAGCAGAUCAAGAUAAUUCAUGGGAAGUGCAUGCUAAGGUGCAGGACAAUUCCACUGAUUGGGGAGGCUGGAGUAGUGGAGUUGGAGCUGCCGCAAAGCCAGCAGAUCAAGAUAAUUCAUGGGAAGUGCAUGCUAAGGCGCAGGACAAUUGCACUGAUUGGGGAGGCUGGAGCACUGAUAAGCCAACAGGCGAGGCAACUGUAUCUGGACAACCAGCUGAAAUGGAUACUUGGGCUGAUAAGGGCACUAAAAUGGAAUCAGGUGCAGGUGAUGCUAAUUGGGAGAAGAAGUCCAGCACUCCUGAGGCAUCAAAUAAAAAUGACCCAUGGGGCAAAUCAGAAAAUACAUGGGACAAAAGAAAAGGAGAUGGAGGAGAUGGAGGUGAUGGUGCCUGGGAGAAGAAGUCUGUUGAUGGCCAUGGCAAUUGGGAUCAUCCUGGCAACUGGAAUGGGCAGAGUUUGAAUGUAGAUCAGGACACGUGGGGAAAUGCCAGGGGCAAAAAGAAGGCAGAUGGUAACUGUCAAUGGGAGGAGCAGCCAAGCACUUACAGACGGAAGAAGACAAAUGCUGAUCAUAAUUCCUCCUAUAAUAAUGUGAUGCCAUCAUCAGACAAUGCUUGGAAUGCUGGAGAGCGAUUUGGAAGAUCAAAUGCCAAGUCUAAUGCAGGAUCCAGUUGGGGUGAGAAAGAUAAGAUGGAGUCUGAUGAGCAUCCGAAAGUCCCAAAAGAAUCAGACACAUGGAAUACAGGGAAAUCAAAUGAAAGUCCAUGGGAUAACACUGAUGCACUACAGGAUUCCUGGGGUGUUAACAGUGCAACUCACGAUAACAACACUGAGGAUGGUUCAUGGGACAAAGUAGUAGCCAUAAAGGAUCCUGUUUCACAGCAAGAUUCAUGGAGUAAUGUGGCAAUCCAGAAGAAUGAUGCACAGAAUGAUUCUUGGGACAAUGUAGCAGAAAAGGCCCUGAAUUCUGCCUCUCAAGACUCCUGGGGUCAUCUGGCUGCAACACCAGUGAGCAAUUCAGAUGCUAAGCAAUCAGAUUCUUGGGAUGGCUGGAAUGCUGUGCCUGCUGAGAACUCACAAGGUACUGCUCAAUGGAAAGAGAGAACUGAUUCUGGUAACAAGGACUGGAAAUCAGAUGGAUGGGGUGCCAAAUCUGGUAACUGGAGCAGCCAAAGAAAUAAUCCGGGGAGACCCCCAAGGAGGCCAGAUGAGAGGGGUCCACCCCCACCAAGACAACGGUUUGAACUAACAAUAGAGGAGAAGAAAAUUCUUCUAGAAGUUGAACCCCUUAUAUUCCGUGUGAGAAGAAUCUUCCGUGAAGCAUGUGAUGGUGUGAGACUUAAGCCAGAAGAUGAAAAGUUUAUCCAGGAGAAAAUUCUCGAGCACCACCCGGAAAAGCAAUCCAAAGUGUCUAGUGAAAUUGACCAUAUAAUGGUCAACAAGCAUCAUACUUUCGAGGACACUCGAUGCUUUUUCGUGGUCUCCACAGAUGGAUCCCAAGCAGAUUUCUCCUACUUGAAGUGCCUGGAGAAUUUUGUGAGGAAGAACUACACGGAGGAUGUUGACUCAUUCUGCAUGAAAUACUUAAGGCCUCGUCGCAGGCAAGCACCACCACCAGAUGUUGGGACAGCACCAGGCACUCCGGCUGAGGUUCCACCAUCUACCGCAGCUGAGACCGAGCAAGGCACUCCAGCCCCUCCAGCAGAGGUUCCACAAGAGACUCUGGGUUCUCCUGCAGUGGCUCUAGAAGGAACUCACAAUCCCAGGACAGACCCAACCGACGAUACCGAGCUUCUAGGAAAGGAUUCUGAUCUGACUCCAGCUUCACCAGCUGUGGCACCGCAAGAGGCUCCCAAGCCAGACCCAACCGAUGAUACUGAGCUUCUAGGAAAUGAGAAGCCUGAUCUGACUCCAUCUUCUCCAGGUGAGGCUCUGCAAGCGACUGCGGACCCAGAUUCGACGCUGACUGAUAUUUAGGCUGUGUGAAGCUGUGGCAUGUAAACGCCAGACCUGUACUCUGAGCAAGUGAGCAUUCACCUUGCUAGUCGUCGGUUACUUUCCCCUGGCUUCAUCUGGAGAGGCUGUAGUGGCAAACAUUAGUCCUUAGUGGCCACUUUCUCGUCUUUUUGCCUCGUCCUGAUGGGAACUAUGUAAAUCCUUGAGAACAAUGUUAUCCCGUCUCCCGUAGCCGCAUCUAGUUGAUUAGUUGACCCCCUCGUUUUGGUAUCAGUUGCUCCAUCUCUGCUGCGAACCCUUGUGAUCGUUUCUGGGCUGUGGUUUGCUUGGGUUGAUGCAAAACUCAGGAAACCUCGGGCUGUCAGGUGGAUCAUCAAAUCAGCCCUGCCCUAUGUCCUCCGGAGAUGUGCUUGUUGAGCUAGUAGAUAGUGUUAUGUUACGUGCCAUGUUGAAGCAGGGAUGACGAGCUUGAGAUGUUUCUGCUUUCGUGUUGCUUUCAUUACUGGAGCACGUGUUUGGAAAUACUCCUAUGAACGAAAUAACAAGUGUAAAAAAAUUACGACCGCA